AUGAAUACUUCUAACCCAAGUAUUCCAAUUUCGGACAAAAAAUUCGCAUCUACUGAACGAAUGAGAACUAACGUUCUAGAAAAGGCCCGAGAGAGAGGUCUCAAAAUAGAAGAGAAGAUUAACAACCACUUUGACGAAUUACUCAAGAAGGAAAAGAGGAAGGUAAUCGGAAAGGAAGUUAAAUCAGCAGCAAGACAGUUCCAGAGACGAAGAAAGCAAACCGAGGCUAACGCAAGAAAGGAAAUAAGGGAUACAAAGAAAUGGAGGACCGACAUCGCCAAGGAAGAAAAAAGACGGCGGAAGGAGGUCACGGACUGGAAAGCCGAGCCACAAAAGUGGAAAAAGGAGACCCAACGACUACGACGGAACGCAAGGGCCCGCGAAAGGCGAGCUGAGGAGAAUCGUAGGAUCGCAGAGGGUAAAUGGAAAGGUAAAAAGAAAUUUGCCAGACUCCAGUUAAAGAUGGGUGACAAGCUUAGUAAAAUCUGGGAAAAACCGAGGGAAAUCCUGAAACCCAUUCUAGCCAAACACGCCUUCAAGAAAAAGGUAAAGAAGUACGUCAUUACCCCAAACGGUAACUACGACCCAGCCUACUUCCUAACCAUCACGGAAGACGAGGUUAAAACACUCAUAAACUCCGAAACGGAACCCAGAAACGUGAGGAUGUGA